AUGACGGACGAAGAGGGCGGCGGGUUCGGGCUCGACGCUCGGACGCGCUACGCGCGCCAGUGCGACCUCCCCGAGCCCGGGUCGAGCCGAGUCACCGCGGCGGCGAGGGCGAACGAGAAGAACACGUGCGUGGACGUCUGCGCCGAGUUCACGGGGGUGAAGGAUUGCCAGACGCGGUGUGUGCAAGACGCGGACGACAAGAAGCACGCGUGCAGGGAAGCGUGCCAGGUGGCGUUCGGGAACGCGUGCGACCGCGCGUUCCCGGCGUCCGGGGAUGACGGGUCCACGAACUUCAAGAUCUGUCUGAGCUACAUGGCGACGAGCUGCCACGACACGUGCAAAAAGUUUCGCGGCGUCGGCGAGUUAUGA